AUGGCGGUCGGCAAGAACAAGCACCUAACGAAAGGCGGCGAAAAGGGAGCCAAGAAGAAAGUGGUUGAUCCAUUUUCUAAGAAAGAUUGGUAUGAUGUGAAAGCACCGGCUAUGUUCAAUAUAAGAAGUAUUGAAAAAACAUCAGUCACAAGAACUCAAGGAACCAAAAUUGCAUCUGAUGGCCUCAAGGGUCGUGUUUUUGAAGUAAGCCUUGCUGAUCUGCAGAAUGAUGAAGUUGCGUUUAGGAAAAAGAUGAUGGAAGUCAUGACCCGAGAGGUGCAAACAAAUGACUUGAAAGAAAUGGUCAAUAAAUUGAUUCCAGACAGCAUCGGAAAAGAUAUAGAAAAGGCUUGUCAGUCUAUUUAUCCACUCCACGAUGUCUUCGUUAGAAAAGUAAAAAUGCUGAAGAAGCCCAAGUUUGAAUUGGGAAAGCUCAUGGAGCUUCAUGGUGAAGGUAGUAGUUCUGGAAAAGCUACUGGGGAUGAGACCGGUGCUAAAGUUGAACGGGCUGAUGGAUAUGAGCCACCAGUCCAAGAAUCUGUUUAA